AGUGGAGGAACGAGCUGGAGAGAGAGAGAGAGAGAGAGAACAAACGAAGGAAAUAACAUACGCGACAUGCGUAGUUUCAGUGCACGAAAAGCCGACGAGGCUGUCGCGCGGAUCUCUCUAACUCCGUAAUAAUAAUAAUAAUACGCGCACGGGCGUGAGUGUGUGAGUGUGUGUGUGCGUGUGUGUGUGUGAGAAAGAGAAAGAGAGGGGAAAGCAGAAGCUCCUCGUCGCCUGACAUCGUCCGACCACCUCACGCGACCUGAUCGCUCGCGCAGUAGGCACUCGCGCGGCUCUCCGAACACGCGCCGCUCGCGCCACGCACAGAGACGAGUUUUGCAAGCGCGUGGGCGGGUCUUUGUCGCUGUGCAGGUCAAAAGAGACUGAGCCAGGAUGGACGUGGCGUGGCUGCUCAGGCAAAGCUUGGACUCGAGGAGGUCCGCUGUCGGCCCCUUCCCCGGCAGGCCCUGGAUGAGGGACAGCGGCGCGGCCGCCGCGCCCGCCGGCAACGUCGGCCUCAAGGGCAUCAUAGCUGGCGGCAUCACGGGGGGUAUUGAGAUCUGCAUCACUUAUCCAACGGAAUAUGUGAAAACGCAAUUGCAACUCGAUGGCAAAGCCGGCGCUGGCAAGCAGUAUACGGGCAUUUUGGACUGUAUCAAUAAAACGGUGAAAGGCCAUGGAUUCUUUGGACUGUAUCGCGGACUCUCAGUUCUCAUAUACGGUUCGAUUCCCAAAUCUGCUGUCAGAUUCGGCUCCUUUGAGACUGUGAAGAAGCAACUGGUGGAUAAAGAUGGAAAAUUGAAUGUUCAAAAUCGCUUACUGGCUGGUCUUUGCGCCGGUGUUUCGGAGGCUAUUUUCGCUGUCACGCCCAUGGAGACCGUCAAAGUUAAGUUUAUCAAUGACCAGAGAUCAGGCAAUCCCAGGUUUAGAGGCUUUGUCCAUGGGGUUGGAAUCAUCGUUAAAGAGCACGGGUUCAAGGGAGUUUACCAAGGUUUGGUACCAACUAUAAUGAAACAGGGUUCAAAUCAAGCAAUCAGAUUUUUCGUAAUGGAGUCAUUAAAAGAAUGGUACAGAGGUGGAGAUAACAAUAAACACGUUCCUAAGCUGGUCGUGGGUGCCUUUGGUGCAGUGGCAGGAGCUGCUUCAGUUUAUGGAAAUACACCUAUUGAUGUUGUCAAAACCAGAAUGCAGGGAUUGGAAGCUUCAAAGUACAAAAACAGCUGGGACUGUGCAGUACAAAUUUGGAAGAAAGAAGGUCCAAGAGCAUUUUAUAAGGGAACAGUACCUAGAUUAGGUAGAGUGUGUUUAGACGUCGCCAUAACUUUCAUGAUUUAUGAUUCCUUUAUGGAUCUGUUCAACAAGUUCUGGCCAUGAAUGGAACUAGGCUCUCAUGAUCACAAGAACCAGCGAAAAUUCCGAUCUUUAUAUCAGAUUAAUAAAAAAAGUACACUGCAUCCCAAGUGGUGCUGGAAAUGAAUUUUUAACCAUUACCAUGUAUAAAUAUGGUGUAAGUCUUGGUUGUUGGAAAGUUGGCCAAUGGCGAUAACAUGUGUAGAAAACCCCCGCGGUUGUACUAGAGGAUUGUGCCAUUCUGUGGGAGCCUUGUUGCUGACACUUUAAUUUUUUUAAAUUAUAAAAAUGAUAGUGUCAGCAGAUAAGCUACCGUUUAAGCGACUGCGAUUCGUUUACCACUGAUUUAUAACAAGCAGUUAAACAUCAAGCAUUAGAAUGUAGUAAUGUCAUUAAUGUUUUUAUGUGAUAGAAUAUGUGGCUUUUUUAUUCAGUUGAGAAAUUGUAAAUGUCUCUUGAUGCACAAAGUACUCAACGGUUUUUUUCCCUGCUUUUUGUAGAUAUUAUAUAUCAAUUAUAAACAGACUUGAGUAGUUGCUGGAUUUGGUCAAUGUGAAUGGAGAUUUAACUAUUUUAUGUUUGUUGAUCAAAUGCUAUGACGUUAUAUCUUCUUGUAGAUUAUGUAUAAAGUUUUUAAAUGAGAGAGAAAGAGAAAACUAGUUUUUAUAAGAGCGAUGGAUUUGAUUCACUAGAGUAGGUCAUAAUUAUACGAUAAUGCAGCUUUUGAUUUUCCUCACACGCUUACUGCCGAAUCUAAAAAGUUAGAUUACUUAAGACAUAUGACAGGAUUUUGCGAUUCUGAAGAUAACCAAUCAUUCCAGCAAAAUAAUUUACGAACGAAUUUUACCAAUAGACUUUUUACUACUUUUACUCUGCGAUUUUUAAACUGGGCUUCUGACGAUGAAAUUCUUUGAAUUAUAUUUUGUUAACCAAUUUUUACAUUUUUCACAUUCCGUGAAUAAUUUAUAAGAGAAUCUAUUUAUGUAUAUUUGCACCUCAAAGGUCACGCAUUUGUUUUAUAUUGUUAACUUAUUUUCCACAACCUAUACUGGGAUCCAGAAUUGUAUUAUUUACGACGAAUUAUAGCAUUCAAAAUGUUAAAUUUUCGUUUUAUGAUUUGUUCCCAAAAUUUGCAACUUUACAUGUGUGUAAAUUUGUUUGAUGUAGAAAUAAUAUAUUAUAAUAUAGAGUAUUCUUUAACGAGGAAAAUAUUCAAAUGGCAGAUACAAUAACAAGAACUAAAAUUUCAAAAAUGUAACAGACUCGAUCUUUUAUAGUGUAUUUUUUGAAAACGACUAUUAAAGUACAAAUUUUGAAAAUCAA